GCCCCUCCCAGCCUGCCCCGCGCGGCGGGUACGGCGGCCGGAGGCGGACAUGGGGCGCGCGGAGAUGGCGCGCGUGCCGCACGUCGUGGCCGACACCGGCGCGUUCCUGAGCGCGGCCCCGCUGCAGGACGUGGCGCAGAACCUGUACACGGUGCCCGAGGUGCUGGCCGAGAUCCGCGACCGCCCCGCGCGCCGCCGCCUGGCCGCGCUGCCCUGCGAGCUGCGGCUCCGCCGCCCGCGGCCCGACCUGCUGCGCCUCGUCACUGACUUCGCCAAGAAGACCGGGGACUACCCCAGCCUCUCGGCUGCCGACCUGCAGGUCCUUGCCCUCACCUGCCAGCUGCAGGCCGAGACCGACGGCCUGGGCUGCCUGCGCUGGGAGCCCCGGGACAAGGUGCAGCUCAGCUCCACCCCGCGACACCCCGAGGCCCCCCUGCACCUCGCUGGCUUCCACCUGCCCACCAAGCACAAGCAUCCCGGGAAAGGCCAGGGUCAGCCCAGCCCUGAGAGGAGCACGGUCCCAGCUGAGAGUGAUGAGUUCAGCUCCUUCCUCUACUGGAGGCCCCCCCUGCCCAGCAUUGAGGAGGAGCUGCAGGAGCUGCUGAAAGCUCAAGCCAUCUCUGUUGUUCCGGAGGCCACUGAGGAGCACCAGAGCUCUGAGAAUGGGGCCAGUGCUGAAGAAGAGGAGGACGAGGAGGAGAGUGAUGAUGAGGGUUGGAUAACACCCAGCAACCUCAAGCAGGUCCAGCAGGACACAGGGCACUGUGACACUGCUCCUGUAGACGUUCAGGUCGGCUGUGUCACCACUGACUUUGCCAUGCAGAACGUGCUGCUGCAGAUGGGCCUCCACGUGCUGGCAGUGAAUGGGAUGCUGAUCCGCCAGGCCAGGAGCUACAUCCUGCGCUGCCACGGCUGCUUCAAGACCACUUCAGACAUGACCAAGGUCUUCUGUCCCCACUGUGGUAACAAGACGCUGAAGAAGGUGGCAGUGAGUGUCAGUGAGGACGGGAGUCUCCACAUGCAUUUCUCCCGCAACCCCAAAGUGCUGAACCCCCGGGGGCUCAGGUACCCGCUGCCGGCCCCGCGGGGUGGGAAACACGCCAACAACCCCCACCUGGUGGAGGACCAGCCCUUCCCGCAGCAGCGACUGUCCCGCAAGGCCAGGCAGAAAACCAACGUCUUCGACCCCGACUACCUGGCCGGGGUCUCCCCCUUCGCGGAGAACGACGUCUGCAGCCGCGCCGCCAACCUGCAGAUCCGGGACGCGGCGCUGGGCGCCGGCAGGAGACGCCUGAACCCCAACGCUGUCACCAAGAAGUUUGUGAAGAGGAGGUGAAGGGCAGGACGGGCCCUCCUGGCCACGUGGCCCGGGGGCGUCUGCCCACGCUCAGACACUGCUGCUCCCGGGGGGUGAGGCCUCUCCCAGCUGCUGCCAGGCCUUUCCUUCCCGCUUCUCUGGGGCCUGAGGAGUGGCCAGUGACUGGGGGCAACAGUCACUGGUUUCGGGGGGCUCUGGCCCAGGGGAGGUGGCUGUCCCCUGCUCAGCCCCCAGGUGACAAGCUCAGCCCUCGGGCAGCCCAGGCUGGGGCUGCUGUGCUAAUAAACACCACCCCCCCAG